AUGUCGUCAACCCGAUACGAAUACGCACCACUAAGUCGACCAAGGCAAGAAGUCAGGCUUCUGCGCAUCCUUCCUGGCGAUGGAGACGUCGAGCUCACCGUCCAACAUUAUGAUAUUGAAGAUUGUCCGGCAUAUGUUGCGCUGUCCUAUGAGUGGGGUUCUGAGCAAGAGCCUAAGGAAAUCCGCAUCAACGAAAGAAGCUUUCAAGUCCGGCAGAAUCUAUGGGAUGCUUUGAACGUUCUACGUACAAAGCAGUUUGAGGGAGGAGUAUUUGACACUGAGUCUCCAAGAUUUUGGAUAGAUGCCGUUUGCAUCAGUCAAGCUCAUUCAGCCGAACGAGGCCACCAAGUCAGCCUGAUGGGUCGCAUAUACCGCCAAGCGUCUCACACCAUAGUUUGGCUUGGUCCCGAAGCAGCCUCUUCUGAUUUGGGCAUGCGUCUUCUCAGAGACCAUCCUGCAGAUGGAUGGGCCAGCUCAGACCGAAAAUGGUCGGCAAUCAAAGCACUUCUCAACCGAACUUAUUUUCAAAGAAUCUGGAUUGUGCAGGAGAUCGUACUUUCUAGGAGGAUUGACCUUCUCUGCGGAUCUUCCAUCUGCCCAUGGGAUCGUCUUGCUUCUUUCUGGGAGUCCAGGGUACUGGGGAAGAACAAAAUGGCCGACUUGGUGCAAUUUCGCAUAACGGACAUUAAAAAAGCGGUAGAGCUUGUUGUGGCCAGACAACAAUUCGAGGCUGGCUGGUACGGAAAGGAUCCCAAAUUUUGCAUGCUCCAACUAUUGGAUCUAUCCCAUCGAAGGCAUUGUUCGGAAUUCCGUGACAGAGUCUAUGCGCUUUUAGGUCUUCUCCCAGAAGGUCAGCAGCUUGUGGGCUUGGAAAUUGACUACGAAGUUGGAUGCGAAGAGUUGAUGAUACGUCUUGAAGCAGCGAUACACAGAGAUGGGGACGCAACUCAGCACUACAUACUGCAGGCAUUCGAACAAGAAGCUUCAGAGGAAGCGCGAGGUAGAGUCGCAUGGUACUGGGUUAUCAGUGAAGUGCUACACCAUUUCAGCAACUUCGUAUUGGGUGGCUUCGACAGGUUGAGUUCAAUAACUACGUAUAGAGAUGGUGCAUUGCUCCUCCAGACCAUCUACUGGAUUGUUGGCGGAUACGGUGUCAAUUUAUUCCCGAUCACAAAAGAAGAUGACUUCGCUAUUGCGGCUACAUUUGGAACAAAUACAGCGUACCAAACGGCUGAGCUAACAUGUUCAAGGAGGGAAGCUAGCUUCGGGCGAGACACUACCUUCACCAUCCCCUGCAUCUACUAUGUGGGUAUGCUCUCAUAUCAUAUUGAGUUGACCCAUCAACCUGAAAUCCCUCAAGUCUCACCAACGGAAUACGUGAGGACGGAGAGACGGUCUCUAGAGUGCCAGUACUUGCUUCAGAGAUUCAACAAAAACGCUCAAUCGAUUCUACAGAUGCGACAACGGAUGGCGGAAUUAGAGAGUGAGGUAUCCACAGACCUUGAAACGACAACAGAAACACUCUUGCCGGCUCAUGUAGAGCGCGCAGUAUUCGCUAAUCUAUUGGCACGUCUGUACCAAGACCAAAUGCACAAGUCGUCUACAUAUGGAUGGCCCGAGCGCAACGCAAAGCUCGAUAAUUUCCUGAAAGAUGACUGUCCAAGCAACACAGAUCUCAGUACCUUCCUCUCGCAGUCUUUGUUUGGAUAUUAUCGCAUGACUAUUGUGAAGAAAAGCAGUGUCAAGAGGCCCAAGCCGCCUAAGGGCUUUGGACCUAUUCAGUCAGUCAAGAUCAUAGAGAAAUCCGAAGACCACGAGAAUCCACCCUUGGUACAAAGGAUAUGGGUGGCUUCGCUUUUCAGAAACACGUUGGAGCAGCCAGACAGUAGACGUUCUAAGAGGAAGAAGCGCAAUUAA